AUGCUGGAAAACAGGCACACCAAACCAGCGGCCAAACUAGGGAAGCGAUACGGUAAAAUCAUGCAGAACGAACUGGCUAGAGCGGCACAAGAUAUAAACGGUGUACCCAACCCAGCAGAUGUAUCUCCGGAUACCAGAUGGAGCCAUAUCAAGGCUGGACAACUCCUAGUCACGGACAGAUGCGUUUGGUUCUGGCCUGGCGAAGGCUUGGGGUCCACACCCGCAAUGGGUAACUUAGCACCGACCAUGGCUUUUGGGUGCGGCUUUAUCCACCGCUUUGACUACAUGCGUCGCCAUUCCGGACCAGAUUGGGGAACGCACCCCUGUCUCACCUACAAGGUGUUUUAA